AUGGGUAAACUAAAUGAUUCAGUGAUUUCUGAGUUUGUGUUGCUGGGACUCUCCAGUUCUUGGGAAACUAGAGUUUUUCUGACGUUGACAUUCUCCCUACUCUAUUUGGGGAUCAUCCUGGGAAACCUUUUCAUUUUGUUUUUGGUGAUUCUUGAUUCUCACUUACAUUCUCCUAUGUACUUCCUGCUGGCCAAUCUGUCCCUCAUUGACUUGGGUGUUGCAACUACCACAGUUCCCAAGAUGAUUACAGACCUUUUGAAUGAACACAAAGUAAUUUCUUUUCAAGGUUGUAUGACACAGAUAUGCUUCAUCCACAUCCUAGGAGGAGUGGAGAUGGUGUUACUCAUAGCCAUGGCAUUUGACAGGUACACAGCCAUCUGUAAGCCUCUUCACUACUUGAGCAUCAUGAAUCAUAAAGUUUGUGUUUCAAUUGUAGUCAUUGGCUGGGUAACUGGGGUUAUCCAUGCUAUGUCUCAGUUUUCAUUUGUUAUUAGCUUGCCCUUUUGUGGGCCUAAUAAAAUAGACAGCUUUUUUUGUGACUUUCCCAGGAUCAUAAAACUUGCUUGCACAGAUGGAUACAAAUUUGAAUUUAUCAUUGCUGCCAACAGUGGGUUCAUGAGCAUGGGUACCUUUUUCCUGCUAAUCCUUUCCUAUGCCUUCAUUUUGGUCACUGUCUGGAAACGUGCUUCAGGUGAUUUAUCCAAGGCAUUUGUCACUUUGUCAGCUCACAUCACCGUGGUUGUCCUUUUUUUCACUCCAUGCAUGUUUCUUUAUGUGUGGCCUUUUCCCACGUCAUCGCUUGAUAAAUACCUGUUCAUUGUUGACUUCGCUAUCACCCCUAUCUUGAAUCCUGCCAUUUAUACAUUGAGAAACAAAGACAUGAAGACAGCAAUAAGAAGAAUGAGCAAACAGCAAUAUUAUCUCCGAUUUUGUUGA